AUGUUCAAGGACAAGCCCAAUACUAUGGCGGAUAGGAGGAUACGACCUUCAACGCUCAAAAACCGGUCUACGAGGAAAAAUUGGCCCUACUACAGCACGAAGUACUUCUCGAAGACGUAUUAUCAGACGGACUUUAAUAACCCGACACUGGACAAGUCCAAUACGAAAGUCCAUAUUGUAUACGAGCCCUUCGCUGAAACUGAUGUCUACAUUACUCUGCGGAAUGCCCUUCAACGAGCCUUCCCUGGUAUCACUGUAACAGGAGAAGGCUUCUCGACGGCCUCCGAUAAGGGCUGGUUUAAGGUCUAUCGCAUGAACGACAAGAGGGUUCUAUUCUGUGCUCAGCCGCAGUCUCUGACCCCGGACAAAGCUAAGGAGAUGGGCAGGACCUACGACCGGGACUCCCCUGUCAUUGCUGGCUUACAGCCAGAUGACCUGUUGACGGACAUGAGGGCCUUCCGGAGGCUCUUGAUGGCAAGCCGAAGUGACCGGCCGUCGGUCCUUGACGCCGGGGGGCUGACCAAAUGGGCUGAGGACACCAAGCUGGCCCUGAAGGCGUUCAAGGCUCUAUCCAGGGACUUCACCCCACCUCUGGACCCCAGCCUGCGAAUUGACGAUGUUUCCACAUCUGUUGAUAUACAAUUCCCAUCACGUAUGGUGGAGGCCAAUCAGAUCCUGGACCGGUGUAUGGAAGACGGCACGGACCCUCCCACGAUGGACGAAUUACGGGAAGACCGAGCACGCAGGGUCGGGCACCUGUCAUCGGAGAAACUGAAACAUGACUAUGGUGGAGGCGAAGUGAGGAAGCCCUUGAGCCACAUCGAGGUCCGCAGGGUAGCACCCUUCAAGGCCAACCGUAGUGGUCUACCCUCGGACCACGCCAAGCUGGUGAAGAAUGCCGAGGAGGACCUCCUAGGUCGGGAGGAUCUCCACAGGAUGCCAGAUGGCAGUGAAGUGGUCAUAACAGUUGACGUCUACCACACAGACCAACGAAACUUCCGUAAAAACGAUCACUACGAGUCUUUCGAGGUCCUGGGUAGUCAGACGUUGAAGGAACUUCGACAAUCCUUCAGUUUCUCUGCUGACAGAGUGUUUGAUGGGCCCAAGUACGCCAGGUCAGCCUGUCUCAUUAUGGGACAUACUGUGUACACGGACUCUCCAGAGGAGCCCUCGGCCAGCGACAAGUUAGUCGACUAUGAAGGCUACAUCAAGAACUGGCUACGAGUCCAUGACGCUAACUUCACCCCGACACAACGAGCAGGCCUACCCGAGGUCACUUUCGGCGAGAUGCGAACGACUACGGUCCAAGAGGCAGUGAAUCGCCUUUAUCGGUUGUCCCCGAAGGCCCACUCAAUGUGUUGUUUCUACCUGCACUAUACCAACGAGGAGGAGCGGAUUUACUUCACCAAUGCUACCGUUUUGGACAGCCGUGUCCAUUCGCUGGUACGUGAAGUGUACCCAUUGAGGACGUUCCAGAAGCAGAAGUUGUAUUUGAAGAUGUGUUCGUUGUGCAACAGCGCAUUCGCCAACAUGGUCGUUUUGAACGACCCCGUACUACCCAACAACCCCACCUACUGCUGCAAGGCGUGUUACAGAAGACUACGAUCUGAUGACACUGGCCAUGCUUUUGCGGCUAAGACCAUGGCCGUCCUGUUUCUCUAUGAAUAG